AUGAGGAUUGUGCUGUUCGUGUUCCUUUUGUUCUCUGUGGCCUUUUCCGAAUUGGAUAGCUGCCACAGUUGUGAUGAAAACUGUCGAAGCCUACAUGCCAAUGCAUCCCUUGCUGAUGCCUGUAUCCAAGGGUGUCAUGAAUCACUUGGACUUGAUGCUAAGGCUGAUGACUACAAUGUUAACACUGAUUGCGAAAACAAUUGCAAGAAUUUUUCAGACAAUGAUCUAAAGUCCGCUUGCUAUGAUGGUUGCACUUACAUUCCGGCUUUGCCUAUCGAGCGCAGUGUGCCCAUAACUGGAUUCUCUGCCACUCCACUCCUUUCAAAAAUUCUCGAAUUUAUGAAGGGAAUUAACGAAAAUGUUGAAAAUAAUGCUGAAUCUCUCGUUUCCGGAAAUGAUCAACCUCUUAUUCGUGAGACCCACGUCCGAAUUUUCGCUUCUGAUGGUGCUAAUAUUAAGAAGAUAUUGGACACUAUCUUUGGUUCCCAUAAUGACGACCUUCCAAAUGAUGUCGAGCAUGAUCGCAGUAACAACAAGAUUAGUCUUGCUUUGCCCUUCAACGGAAUUCAAUUUCGAGAUCAAUUACAUCGUAUUGCUACACAUCCUCUCUUCAUGACCUUAAUUAUUUUCACGUUUGUUAGUAGUAUCAUUCUCCUUAUCUUCGCUUGCUAUCGCCUUAGUACUAGAAGUACACACAGACCAAUAUUUCAACGACAAUAUCGCAGGAUGCCACAACUCGUCAAAUCUUCUUCAACGUGUGUCAGUCUAGUGACACCUCAAUCUAGCGAUGAUGAGGCUCCUAUUCUUCCUUCAAAAGAGCCAAUUUUUUUCUGUCGAUACAAAAUGGCUAAUUCACAGUAUACCUAUGUACGGAAUUUUGAAGCUGAAGUUCCCUGUUUGCCCAACACUUGGAUUGUUGUUCGGUUAGAUGGACAAAACUUUCAUACUUUUACUGAGAAACAUGGCUUCGCAAAGCCUAAUGAUGAGAGAGCCUUGCAAUUGGCCUGUGCUUCUGCGCGUAGCGUAAUGCGGCGUCACGGGGAGAUUGUUCUUGCUUAUGGCCAAUCAGAUGAGUUCAGUUUCGUUUUCCGGAGGUCGACUGAUUCUUUUAAUAGGCGACCUAGGUGA